CUGAACAAACUCCGGGUCAACCCAUACCCGCCCCACAUUAUCACUCGUCAUCUGAAACCCUAAAACCCCAACUCCUCCUCUGAGUACUCUCUCCCAAACCCUACUUCAUCCGCCCUUCUUUCUGCAACACCAUAUACUCUUUUCUCUCUCCUGUUUUCCCAGAUAAUUCUGUCGUUUACAAUCAAAGAUGGUGAAGAAGAGCAAAAAGAGCAAGAGUAAGAGAGUUACGUUGAAACAAAAGCACAAGGUGAUAAGGAAGGUGAAGGAGCACCACAAGAAGAAGGCCAAGGAGGCCAAAAAGCUGGGCUUGAACAAAAGGCCCAAGGUCGAGAAAGACCCCGGGAUUCCCAAUGACUGGCCUUUUAAGGAACAAGAGCUCAAGGCCCUGGAAGCCCGGCGUGCUCGCGUAAUCGAGGAUUUGGAGCAGAAGAAAGCAGCCCGUAAGGAGAGGGCUAAAAAGAGAAAGUUGGGUUUAUUGGAGGAUGGUGGUGAUGAUAUUUCUAAACUGGGUGAUAUAGCUUCUGCAAAAGAGCAAAAUUUCAUAGAGGGCAGGGAUGAUGAUGCUUUGACUUCUACUGGCAAGAUUAGGGAAAACUCAGAGAGGGCUUUCUACAAGGAGUUGGUCAAAGUCAUUGAAGCAUCAGAUGUCAUUGUGGAAGUUUUAGAUGCUCGAGAUCCGCUUGGUACCCGCUGUGUCGACAUGGAAAGGAUGGUGCUCAAAUCAGGUGCUGAUAAGCAUCUUGUGUUGCUUCUUAAUAAAAUAGAUCUUGUGCCGAGAGAAGCUGUUGAAAAAUGGCUCAAGUAUCUUAGGGAGGAGUUACCUGCAGUAGCCUUUAAGUGCAGCACCCAGGAGCAAAAGUCAAACUUGGGAUGGAAAUCUGCCAAGGCUGCAAAAAAAUCCAGCAAUCUCCUGCAAACCAGUGACUGUCUUGGAGCUGAAACUCUUAUUAAAUUGCUAAAGAAUUAUUCAAGAAGCCACGAGAUCAAGAAGUCAAUCACAGUGGGCGUUAUUGGUCUUCCUAACGUUGGGAAGAGUAGCUUAAUUAAUAGCUUAAAGAGAUGUCAGGUUGUCAAUGUUGGCGCUACUCCGGGAUUGACCAGAUCAAUGCAAGAAGUGCACUUAGACAAGAAUAUAAAACUACUGGAUUGCCCAGGUGUUGUAAUGCUUAGGUCUGGGGAGAAUGAGGCAUCUGUUGCUCUUCGAAACUGCAAAAAGAUCGAGAAACUAGAGGAUCCAAUGGGGCCAGUUAAGGAAAUUCUCAAGCUUUGCCCAGCAAGAGUGUUGGUAGCACUGUACAAGCUCCCAAGCUUUGACUCAGUCGACGACUUCCUACAAAAAGUGGCCACCGUCAGGGGUAAGCUUAAAAAGGGUGGUAUUGUGGAUGUCGAAUCUGCUGCGAGAAUCGUCUUGCAUGACUGGAAUGAAGGUAAAAUCCCAUAUUAUACGAUGCCUCCAACUAGGAAUCAGGAAGAACCGUCAGAAGCAAAAAUUGUUUCAGAGCUUGGAAAGGAGUUCAAUAUUGACGAGAUUUACAGCAGCGAGUCUUCAUUUAUUGGGAGCCUUAAAUCUUUCGACGAUGUAAAACAUGUUGAAGUACCUUCAAAUUGCCCUCUAAAUUUCAAUGAGCAGAUGCUCGAGGAUGAUGUAAAGCAACAACCCUCGAAUCAAGGCAAUGAUUUGGUCAAUGAUGGUGACGACGAGCCCAUGGGAUCUGAAGAAGAUGUUGCAGCAGCUGAGGUUAAGGCCAAAAAUGCUGGUAGGAGGCAGAAUGAGAAGCUGUAUGAUGCGGCAGGCAUACUCAACACAAAGUUGAUGAGAGCAGAGAAGAAGAGGCGGAAGAAAGCCAAUAAAUCAAGUGGUGAUGCCAUGGAGGAUGAUGAAGAUUACGAUUUCAAGGUGGAUUAUGUCAAGAAAGGUUCCGCCAUGGAUGAUGGUGAGGAGAAUGAGGAAGCUGGUGGUAGCAAUCAAACGAGAUAUGAGGUGCUUGCUUCUGGAGUUGAGAUUGAUGAGUAGAAGAAAUACACUGGCAACAAUAUUGGCGAGUUUUUUUUCACCCUGCAAUUUUCAGCGUUUUUUUUUUUUUUCACCCUGCAAUUUUGAUAUCUGUAAGUUAUUGAAUCUGAGAUCAGUGAAGACUUUGAAAUGUUUAGUAUGCAUUCUGCAAGGAUGGUAUUCAACUAGUACUUUUUUGCUUAUUGGCUA